AUGGCUUGGGGGAGCCUAGUUAGCAGAAGCCUGGGUGGGGCAAGCAGCUGGAUCCUGCCUGGGACACUCCAAAUCCGGACCAACUACCGGGUUUGGGUGCUGGAGCGGGCGCGGGCCCCGUUUCCAGGGUGCAGGACAGCCUCUGGUCUACGCAAGCUUUUGCUCUUCCGCCUAGGGACCCACCGGCCCCAUCAAGGGGUGCGCAGGGCAGGCAGGGCGGGCUCUCUGGCGCGGGGCCCUGCGUGGCUGGAAUUCUGGGUGUGGCUGCGCUCUUGGCGCCGGGUGCCUGCGGGCUCUUCAGCCUUCCCAGGGCAGACGCAGAAAAUGGGCUUGUGGUUCGCGGGCUGCGGCAGAGACACGCCGGGGGCAGAGGAGCGUCAGGAUCCUCACUUGCGUUCAGGGGCCGGUGCUCACUGCCAGUCCCUGGAUGCAGUCACCAGCGUGGGAGGGAGCUGGGAGGAGCAGACCGUUAGGUGUGAGCAAGUCUCAGGGGCCUCCCUCCCAGCUGCCUUCUUAAGAGUGGGGCUGGCAGCUCCGUUGGGGGCUGAUUCUCCUUCCGACCCAGGCAUAAACUGGACUUCAGGCUUCCAGGAAGGCCGCAACCAACAGAUGCAUGGGAAGACGGCUUCUCUGAAGAAGAACAUGGAGAAGCCGGGCGGGGUCCAGAGAGCCCAAGACACCAGCCUGCACUGGCCAGAAGGCUUGAAGGGUGAAGAUGUAAAGAAGUGCAGCCGAGAAGGGAUGCUACUGAGUAAAUACAACCAGCAGUACCACAAGCUGUUUAAGGACAUUCCCUUGGAGGAGGUCGUUCUCAAAGUGUGCUCCUGUGCCCUCCAGAGGGACCUACUUCUCCAGGGCCGGCUCUACAUCUCCCCCAACUGGCUCUGCUUCCAUGCCAGCCUCUUUGGCAAGGAUAUCAAGGUGGUCAUUCCCGUAGUGUCUGUGCAAAUGAUCAAAAAGCACAAGAUGGCACGGCUCUUCCCCAACGGCCUGGCCAUCACCACCACCACCAGCCAGAAGUAUGUCUUUGUGUCCCUGCUCUCCCGGGACAGUGUAUACGACAUGCUGAGAAGGGUCUGCACCCACCUACAGCCUUCAAGCAAGAAGAGUCUGUGUGUAAGAGAAUUUCCAGAGGAACCUGAGUGCGAGUCUCUGGAAGCCCUCAUCCCCGAGAUGAAGUGGAGGAAAGUGUGCCCCGCCUCCAGGUCCAUGUCUCUCCCAGAUAGCAUCCCUUGUAUCUCUCGGGCAUCCAUGGACUCCACGGACAGCUUCUUCCCCUCCAGGGAGCCUCUGGGGUCUGAGAUCUCCGACUGUGAGGAGGAGAAGCUGGAGGAGGGGCCCACGAGCAGCAGGGAGCUCAAGCUCUGGGAUUACCCGGUCCUGAAGGUCUUCUUUGUGCUGAUCUGCUGCUUGGUCAUGUCUUCAUCCUACCUGGCGUUCCGCAUCUCCCAGCUAGAACAGCAGUUAUGUUCCCUGAAUUGGGGCGGCUCGGUCCCUGGGCACAGGUGA